GUGACCGCGUCACCGCAUGCUUGCGAUCAACAUGGCCACCGGCUCCUGGAGAGGCGAACUCAACGAGGUCGAGCUCCAGAUGCUGGAGUACAGCGAGUCACUGGGGCUCGUUCCGUACGCGGGGACGCCGUCGAAAUGUCUGAGUGAAGAGGACGCGCGGGCGGUGCUCGACGGAAGCCCCAGCCCGACUCCGGACCCAGAUUCGUGGCGGCUGACCACGACGGCAUGGUGCUCGUGCAAGAGGUGCGGCAUCAUGCCGACGCCUAAAGAGUGCAUCUGCUGCAGGGAGUGUCCCCCCGCGGUCGCGACUCGCCCGGGAGGGUGCAUCACGGAGCACAACAACUUCGCACCGAUCUGCCUCCAGCCCGGCGUGCUCGAAGUCGCGUUCUGGGCUCUGCAGGAGGCAGGUCGUCACCCGGCGCCGCGAGAACAGAAACCUUUCUGGGAUCCUUCGGAAUGUGCUGGCCAAGUAAAGAAGCUCGAGUACUCAGUGGUCACGGAGCCUCUCCUUAGUCCAGCUUAUACUUCCAGACCUCACUUCAUACUAAUCCCAAGCGAAAAGGAAGCAACGGAAGCGAGCGCAAAACUUUGGGCCUGCUAAGCACGCGUUCGUGAAGGCAAAUCGUUGUCGAAGACAGCGCACUCGUGCCUGUAACAUCAA